AUGUUCUCAACUAUUAAAGAAUUCAUAGAUAGCACUAAUUUUGAUAUUGAAGAUAUAGAGUUAGAUUUCGGGUACCUUCAAUUAGAUGAAUAAAAUUUAUAAAAUUUAAGUGAAAACUUUGAGUAGUACAAAAAUAUAAAAUAAUUAAAUCUAAAUUUAGCCUAUAACUAGAUAAAUGAUAAAUGGAUAUAAGUUUUAUGCGAAAAACUUAUUCAAAAAAAAAGUUUGGUUAAAUUAAUCCUGCAUCUAGAGAGUAACCUAAUUACUGACUUGGGCCUCAUUUUUUUAGGCAAAAUGCUUUAGGAGCUAGACUUAUCUAAUUUAGAAAUUUAUCUAGGUCACAAUUAAAUUUCAGAUUUGGGUGUAGAAAAUUUAGCUCAGUUUUUAAGAUUUUGCUGCAAUCUUUUAGAUUUAGUAAUUACUUUAGAGCAUACACUGAUUUCUAAUCAAGCAGUUGAAAAUAUUAGCCAAGUUUUAGGAAAAAUCUCGAAUCUAACUUCUUUGAAGCUAUUUUUUUACUCAAAUUAAUUAGGCACUUAUUAAUAACCACUUUAAAUGUCAGGAUUAAAAAACUGCAAAAAUCUCAAAAAGCUUCUUCUUUAAUUUGAUUCUAAUUAAAUUGGGGAUAAUUUGCUAGAUUUAGGUAUUUAGAUUAGAUAAUGCUCACUUCUUACUCAUCUUGAACUUUAUUUAGUGUAACUUAAAUAAUUUGUAUCAUAAAUUUAAUUUGAUAUUAUUUAGAGAAAAUGA